AUGGCUGGACCUAACUCCACAACUAUCAAAUUCUUCUGCAGUUAUCGUGGUAAAAUCCUUCCUCGAUACCCCGACUGUAAACUCUGUUAUCACGGCGACAAAACCCGUGUUCUCUCCGUAAACCGCUCCAUUUCAUUCUCUGAGUUGUUGUUGAAGAUGGGAGAAAUGCGUGGAAAGUCGGUGAGUUUACGUUGCCAAUUGCCGACACGUGAUUUAAACGUGCUGGUUUCCAUUAGUUCUGAUGAGGAGCUCACAUAUCUCAUCAAGGAAUAUGAUCGUUCGUCGUCUUCGCCUGAAUCUUUUGUGAAGAUCAGAUCUUUCCUUUCCUGGAAAAUAAAAUUGACUUCUUAUCCUACCCUGUCACCAUCCUUGUCAUUGUCGUUGACUACUUCAACUUCUUCGAAUUCACCAUCCACCACCCUCCGAUUAUCAAGCGUUCGACAGAUGAUCCCAUGGUCUCACUCCGUCGUUCCCCUUUGUUGUCCGAAGACAUCCAAGGCGAGCGACAUUGAUUGCCAUGGUUACCAAGUUCAACAUUGUUGA